AUUUAAUGUGACAUGAGGGGAACACAGGGGAAGCUGAGUUGUAAAGUGUGUAAAUUCCACAGCGACGAAACUUGGAGAUCCUGAUAUUGGCCACAGAAAAUGGACAGCCAGAAAUUUGAAUUUGGCGAUCUCGAUUUUGAUAAUAUGUUUGAAGAUUAUACAAAUGCUUACGACUACAUUAUUGACCCAGACGUGUCGCCCUGUUACUCUGAAGUGAAUGAAUCAAUCAACACAGCUCUGGCUGUUAUCUACAGCCUGGUGUGCUUCCUCGCUGUGACAGGGAACAUUAUUGUAAUGAUUGUCCUACUUUAUGAUCGACGUACCAUAUCAUCCACAGACACCUACCUGCUACAUCUGGCAGUGGCUGAUCUGCUCUUUGCUGUGACCCUGCCUUUUUGGGCAGUGGAUGCUGUAUCUGGCUGGGUGUUUGGUGAUGCCAUGUGUAAAAUUAUCAGCAUGUUACAGGAGAUUAACUUCUACAGUGGGAUUUUAUUGCUGGCUUGUAUCAGUAUUUAUCAUUUUUUGAUAACUAUUUCCUCCAACCAGACUUACAGGUGGAACACACCAUUUCGAACUCAGCUGGUCUGCAUAACUGUUUGGUUGCUGGCCAUUCUUCUAUCUUUACCGGUUCUGUAUAAGGGCAAAUAUACUCCCCCUAAUGCCAACAGAAAGAUAUGUUACAAGAUACUUGAUGGUGAACCAGGAGAAACAUGGAAAGUGCAGAUCAGGUCUUUGCGUCAUUUUAUUGGCUUUCUCAUCCUACUGGCUGUCAUCAUUUUCUGCUACAGCGUGACAAUCCUGAAACGGUAUCACUCAAAGGGAUUUCAGAAACACAAAGCCAUGAAUAUAAUCACAGUGGUGGUGUUGGCUUUUGUAAUUUUUUGGCUGCCGUACAAUAUUACUAUAUUCACUGAUACACUAUUGAGGACCAAAUUCAUUGCUGAUAAUUGUGAGAAACGUAAUCAUAUUGAUAGGGCUCUAGUUGCAACUCAAAGUUUGGGAUUCCUGCACAGCUGUAUUAAUCCAGUUGUAUAUGGUCUCCUCUGGGUGAAAUUCAGGAGGAACCUCAUCAACCUCUUAGCCAUGAACUGAAUUGUUAAAUUCAUUGAGGAGACACAGAAUGAGACAUCCAUCUUCUGCUCCUCCACUUCAACCAAUCAGGAAACGGGCAACUGAGCUAUUUAAGAAUUAAGUGAUUGAAUGAAAGUUCUGUCACGGGUUUUUGGGUAUGAACAAAGUAAACAAAUUGUUUCUUGGAUGAUUUGUUGUGUUGGUAUCCAAUUCACAAUGAUCAGAAAUGAGUUUUGAGUUUUUCCCACAAUGUGCCCGCUGUUGCUCCAAUCUCCAUUACACUGUCUGCUUAAUCUUUUGAUUAAUUACUUUCUACCUGUGUAUUCAGUCUCAUUGUUUGCAAAGAUCUGCUUUCAUUCA